AUGCAGGGCUUCAACAUGGGACGAUAUGUCCCGCCAGAUCAAGAAGGAGUGACAACGGGAAACAAACUCGCAGGGAAGCACGCUCUCGGCGCGCGCGCGCCACCUGCACACAACUGGCGCAUUAAUCGCGUGCGCUUCAACGCCGAGAAGAAAAAAGUCGGCAACUACUACUCGACACCGAUUUACAGUUUCCGCAUGAAACACACCGUCUGCGGCGGAACGAUCGAAAUCAGAACCGACCCCCAGAACACUGCGUAUGUUGUUACAGAAGGCGGGCGCAAACGAGACACCGGCGAAGAUAAAGAACUGCAGCCCGGCGAAAUUGCCAUCAAACCGUACGCGCGAGAGAUGGAUCCCGCGGAGAAGGAUCCGUUUUCGAAGAUCGAGGGGAAGAUUGAGGACAAGCUUCGUGCAAAGACGGAGGCGACUCGAAUUCUUGAGCUUCAGGAACGGCAGAAUCGUGAUUGGGAGGAUCCGUAUGAGAAGUCUAUGCGGUUGCGGAGGACCUUUCGGCAGGAGAGAAAAGGACUUGAAAAGGCUGCGGUGAAGAGUGAGGCCCUCAAGGAUAAAAUGAGUCUUGGGAUUGAGCUGUUGGAUGAGACGGAGGGGGAUCGGCAGAGAGCGCGCAUGGUGGAGUUCGGGGAGAACCCGGCUGAUGUUGCCUCGCAUGCGUCCCGCGUGACUCACCGGGAGAGAAAAAAAUCUCGUUCUUCGAAGCGGCCUCGGAAGGAUGAUCUGGUUGCGACGCGGAAAGAUUCUCUCCGCCGUGAGCUGGCUGGGAAUACUCGUGCUAUUAUUGAUCCGUUCUUGGUUGAUGAUGCAGUGAAUGCAUGGCAACCUAGUAUCAAGAAGAGGAAAACCGUCGCCGCUUCGGCUCCAUCCCUCCGUCAAGAUCCCAGUAGCACCGAACUUGCUUCCUCUGCCGUGACACCAACACCACCAGCAGCACUGGUCAGCUACCCUUCCGACUCGGAGUGA